AUGAAAGACCCUAGAGCCUCGAAGCGGAGGAGAGUCUCCGAAGAGCCUGCACAUGACGACGACGGAGAUAUCGCUAUGGAGAGUGACGGCGAUGCCUAUUCGGUCCCGUCAUCCCCCGAGCCCGAUGCGGACUCAGACGAAGAUCAGGACUACCGCGGCCCCAGGAGACAAGCCUCGCGACGUCAGUCCACUCGCGGUCGAAAGACCAAUGUGCCCAAUGGCUUGGAAGAGGAUGCCGUGGAGACACCGAGGAGUGCACGGACAAGCGGACGGCAGCGCAAAGUGCCGCAGAGACUCGAAGACGCCUUGACGCCGUCCUCGACGCGGAAAGUAGCUGCUACACCUCGAAGUGCUCGAGGGACGAGGAGCGCGCGGAAGCCGAGACAAGAGUCUGUGGAGGAUUUUGAGAUGGAUCUAGAUGAAGAGUCGCCGAAGCCGACUGGAACAAUCGCUAGGACAAGGUCCCGAAGGAGUACGGCCAAACCUAGGUCACAUGGUGCCAACGGGAACACCGCUGGAGAGGCCGAUAGAGAGCUCUCUCCUUCUUUCGAGGGGUAUAACGAUGGUCUUGACGACCUAGUUGCAAUGCAGCUGCAACAAGACCUUCACAACAAUGAGGAACCCCAAGAGGCCGUGGAGACAGUCGAGCCUCUCCCGGACUAUGCAGAGAAGCUCCAGACACUCUGCCAAUCUGGGUUGCAAGACGAAGUCCGUGUAUUGACGACCGCACUGCUAGAGAAGCUAUCCGGCAAACGACAAAUCCCACUCAAAGGGCUGGAGAGCGAGUAUACAAAGGUCAACCACUUGAUCGAGCAGACCGUCACGGUUGGCGAGGGUAACUCGAUGCUUCUCCUCGGGUCGCGCGGUUCUGGAAAGACGGCAGUCGUGGAAACGAUCAUCUCGUCUCUCGCAAAGGAACAUGGCAACGACUUCCACGUCGUUCGACUGAACGGUUUCCUUCACACGGAUGACCGUCUUGCUCUCCGAGAGAUGUGGCGUCAGCUUGGGCGUGAGACCCAUACUGAAGACGACGCAGCCAAGGUCAGCUCAUAUGCCGACACGAUGGCUACCUUGCUGGCCUUGUUAUCUCACCCGGAAGAGCUUUUUGGCGCCGGAAAUGGAGACAACGUGACAGCAGCCAAGUCCGUUGUAAUUCUUCUGGAUGAGUUCGAUCUCUUCGUGACCCACCCUCGACAGACUCUGUUGUAUAAUUUGUUUGAUAUUGCCCAAGCCCGAAAGGCACCUAUCGCGGUCAUCGGACUCACCACCAAGGUCGACGUGACUGAGAUGUUAGAGAAGCGUGUCAAGAGUCGUUUCAGUCAUCGAUAUGUCUACAUUCCGCUUCCGAGGACAUACGAGACCUUCUCAGAGAUUUGUAUGGCGAGUUUGGAUCUCGACGAGAAUGAGGUUGAGGAUCUUGGGUCUGAGCAGCCUGUCACAAAGACCCCUGGUUGGAAUACGCUUCUCGGGGGAUGGAAGGAAUACUUGCAGAAUCUUUGCAACGACAAGAACUUCCAAUUCCACCUAAAGAAGAUCUACCACCAGACUAAAUCCGUAAAGGAAUUCCUCACGAGCGCGCUCCUCCCUAUCAGCGAGCUCAACCUCAGCACCCAAGCUGCCGACAAACCCAUCUUCCAGAUCCCAACACCUAAGAGCUUCGCCUCUCAAUCCCUCAUCUGCCCUGAUCCAGCACCUCUUCCGUUCUCAACUUCCAUGACCGCAUCCUUCAGCCCUUCAUCUCUUCCCCUCGCCCUCCUACUAGCGGCCACCCGCCUUUCUGCUCUCUUUGACCCAAGCAACGACAGCGUCCAAGCUCAGAGCAUCGCUCCAUUGGCCCUCUCCUUCCCCGCCGCGUAUGCAGAGUACGUACGCCUACUCACCUCUGCAAAGACGUCUGCCUCGAUCUCCGGUGCGGCGGCCACGCCUGGUCGUGUCUGGGGCCGAGACGUGGCGCGGGAAUCUUGGGAGAAGCUGGUUACUUGGGGCCUCGUUACGCCUGUGGGUAGUGGCAAUGGUACUGCAGAUGGACAGAUGUUCCGUGUGGAGAUCAGCUUCGAGGAGGUUGUUGAGAUGGCUGGUACGGGGAGCUCUUUGGGACAGUGGUGGAGGGAGUGA